AUGGCUUCGUCCAAUCUCGCCCGGCUGCGGGAGCAGACCAUGGGCAGUCUCGAAGACGAAGAAGCCGUUACCGUCAACACCCGCGCCUUGAUCGACAAAGUACUUGCGCGAUAUUCCGGCGAAUGGACAACACUACGAGAACUCGUUCAAAACGCAGCGGAUGCUCAGGCAACGACGGUCAAGAUACGCUUCGAAACGAUUCCAUCGCCCACAGUUCCACUACCGCAGACGCAAGAGCCUUCAGAGCAUCUCAAGCACACUUUGCUCCACCACACUCUUAAAACGCUGAUAGUCUCGAACGAUGGCGAGCUUUUCCAAGAGACAGACUGGCAGCGAUUGAAACGGAUAGCAGAAGGAAAUCCGGAUGAAACAAAGAUCGGUGCUUUUGGUGUAGGGUUCUACUCAGUCUUCGCAGACUGCGAGUCGCCCUUCGUGAGCUCUGGAAACCAGACCAUGGCUUUCUACUGGAAGAAGGAUUCCUUGUUCACUCGGCGUGGAAAGCUUCAAGACGCUACGCCCGGUACUACCUUCAUGCUCGACUACAGGAAUCAAUCCACUCCAGUACCUCAGCUUUUGAGCCUGUGCCAAUUCCUCGCUACGAGUUUGACGUUUGUGGGAUUGCAGAACAUCGAGCUGUGGUUGGAUGACUGGAAUAUCCUGACUCUCACAAAGAAGAUGGCGCCUGGUGCCAGUGUGAAGAUUCCUAACGACGUUAAUCCGAAGACCCGGGAUGGCCUUAUGAAGAUUGUUGAUGUUGCGUAUCAGAACGCCCAAAUCGAUGCCAGAUGGAUGAAUGUCGUUGGAUGGAAUCCCAGGGCAGUGCAAGCUAUUCCAAACGCUCCAUCUGCUGGCGAAGCAGGCGGUCUGAGUCUUCGAAACUGGUUUGGCAAGUUUACGAACGGAAUCAAUGGCAACACCACCGUCAGAAAGGCGCAGCGAGAAGAGGACGCACUCCAGUUGGCGAUCCUCGAAGACUUGGCCGGCUUUAGCCAAUCGGCUGUCUUUAUUCGUAUAAGUACAGUGAGCGUGCAGACUAACAUUAGCAAGCAGCUGGCGGCCGAGCUGGAGAGAGCGACCAAGAAGCCGCCCCCGAAGCAAACUCGGAUUUCUAUUCUCACUUCUUCUUACGACGAGACAGCUGCGACGACAUCGACAGGUGUCUCUUCGAAGAAAUCUAGCGAAAUCUUCGCCUCGGUAUUGCCCACAAAGAACGGAAAGAUAUUCAUUGGUUUCCCAACUGCGCAGACCACAGGUCUGCUAGCCCAUAUAUCUGCUCCUUCCGUUAUUCCUACCGUCGAGCGAGAGAGCAUCGAUCUGAAUGCUCGCUACGUGAGAGACUGGAAUGUAGAAAUGCUCCGAGUUGCCGGAAUAGCCUGUCGCAUAGCGUAUACAGGCGAUAUGGCAGAGCUUAAGGGCCGUCUAGACCGAACAGCAGCUGCCGAUGGCAGGAAGAAGAUUUCGAAGGAGGAUGUGUCGGCGGUAAUGCCAGCGGCAGUACACACCUACCGCCAAUACAACUACGCAGAGUCGACACCCUCUUCCAAGGUCGGCAACUACAUUGAAGAAGCCUUUUGGACUUGUAACCAAAAAGCUAGCAUCGACAUACUUUCAACCAGAGGCGUUCUCCCAAGUCAUCAGGUACGCGUCGCGACUGAGGACCUCAGUUUCGUGGACGGCAUUCCUGUCGUACCAGAUGAGCUGCUUGAUAAGGCCAACGAAUUCCUCACAAAGCUGAGGGUCUAUGGGCUGCUCUCAGACAUUACGACUGGUGACAUCAAGAAAGAGCUCGAGGCCCAGGCUCUCUCCGAAAAGCAGGUUACCGAGCUUAUCAAGUGGGCUUGCAAGAAGGUAUCGCAGCAAGAUAUGGACUCUCAAGCCGUGCAGCUGCUAUUCGACGGCACAGUGGCAGGUGUCAGCGAAGAAUUCUUUCAGACAUCCCCCAGUCCAGUCAUUCAACUUGGACAAAUCACGACGUUCGUCAACACCACAAAAAUUCCCGCCGACUUGCCCACACCACCGCAGACUAUUCCAUUCCGGCUUACGAAGGGUCUUUCGCCCAUGCAGCUUUCCUCUAUUGGCUGGGACGAGCUUCAGAUAGUUCCUUGGUUGCGAUGGACCAUAGAGAGCAACGGACUUGGAUAUGGAGCGGGAAACGAUCUCACCACCACGCCCUCUGUUGCCGCUCAAGUGCUUCCCGUCGUCUCUAAGGCAUGGGAUGCUUUGUCACAGUCUUCGAAACAGACGGUUCAAGAGCUUCUCACACCGCGUACCUGCAUACCGACGAAACUCGGAAUGCGGACUCCGCCUCAGUCAUAUUUUGGCAGCGUGAAACUAUUCGAUGACCUGCCAACAAUUACUGGAUUGCAGGGCGUGAAGGAAAAGUUUCUGUCUGCUCUCGGUGUUCGCAAGACCGUCGAGCUCAACGUAGUGUUUGAGAGGCUCAUGGCCAAGUCAGCAACUCCCGCUGUUGAGGAAGGCAAAUGGAGCCAUGUGGAUCUCAUCAAGUACUUGGUCAGCGUAAAAGAUGACAUACCGCCUGAGGAUGUUAAACGCCUCCGACAGACACCUAUAUGUCCCGCAGAAAAGCAGUCCGGAGAUCAAGUCAAUGCAGGGAAGCUAUUCCGGCCUUGUGAUUUGUACGAACCUGAUGAUGCCAUAAGGAGGCUCGGUCUUCCUGUCCUGCAAUGGCCCGGACAGUACCGAUCGAACACAGCGGAGGGUCGAUUUCUGCGCAUGCUGGGCCUUCAGACGCAUCCUGGCAUUCCGGAAUUGGUCAACAUAUUGGCACAUGCUCCGGGUGGUAGCGAGCUUCAGAAAAGCGCGAUAUCAUACUGGAUUGUGAAUUUCCAUCAGCAUGGAUACGCUAAAUACCCGAUCGCCGAUGUUGAUAAGGCGUUCUUACCCGUGCAGCCAAAUCCUGGAGAGGGUCAACACAUGGUCGCGAAACCGAAGCAGUGUUACGGCAAUCCCAAAGCCGCUAUCUUGAAUUUCAGAAUUCUCCAAGCGGAACUGCAGCCUCACCACAGCUUCUUUGGUGUUGCUUUCGACCCGGCCAUCGAGGCGUGCGCCGAGCGAUUGAUCAGGAAUCCGCCAGCAGAUUUCAAGACAGCGCAGGCGCUGUACGGCUACUUCGCUGGUCGGCUUGCUGAGAUCGGGCCCAAUGGAAAACUCGCUGAGCGACUGGGCACUGCACCAAUCGUCCCCAUCGUCUCGGACAGAAGGCCAGAUGCCAAGACUGCCUUCGUUGCGCCUCGCUCUUGCUUCUUGGGCGAUGGCGAAACUUACGGCGAUAUCUUUGACUUUGUCAACUUUGGCCAGGAAGCGAAUACCUUUCUGCUCCGAGUGGGAUCCAAGCAUGAGCCGAACGCCGGCGAAAUUGCCGGUAUGAUUGUCCGACAACCUGCCAAACUACUCCAGACGUUGGGCGAGGAGAAAUAUGUGCAGCUUUUGCGCAAGGUCGCCGAGAAUGCCGCCAAUCUCAAGAGAGACAAGACAGUAUGGCAGGCUCUGAAAGGCUCGCCAUGUCUUCUCGCUGAGAAGCUAGUGCAUUCAGUUCCAAGAUCAGACUACGACGAAAAGCGCGAUUUUGACGACGACGAGGUGAUAGUCAAAGAGUUGUCGUUGGCACGCGCAAGCGAAAUGGUCGUCGUGGACGAUAUCGUGACAUAUCGCAUGUUCCAGUCCAGCUUGUUGGCUGCACCGCAGGAAGAGGUCUUGGAGUCCUUGUACACCUCUCUCGACACGCCUCAGCUGAGUCGACUCAGAGAUGACGACCAGCGUAUGGGCGCUCUGCUCCACGACCAAUCCGCAGCGACCAAGCUACACAAGCUUCUGGUUGAACGCUGCCGUUUGUUCCUCCAUGAUCAUAGCACGGACGCCAUUAGACAUGACGCCAAAUGGCUGGAGCAAAACAUGACGGUCAAGGUGACGGAGUUCUUGCAGACCACCCAUCGACUCAAGGGCUACAAACUACAGUUCAUUGAGAAAAAGACGGCAUCGCUUCAUCGAGAGACAAAACGGGAUGCCACUCUAUACAUCACCAUUCGAUACGAUUUGUACGAGGUCAGCCGCGCCAUCAUGGGUGUACUGUUGAAACGGCCGAGACAACAGGACUUCCUUGCGCUGGAGACGAUAUUAGAGAGCGAUCUUCGUAGACUGAAGACGAAGGGAUACAAUGUUGACCGCAUCCUCCGUCAGAAGGCUGCCGAGAGCCGUAUCGCGGAGAGCGAAAGGCAGAAGCGGGAGGAAGAGGAGAAACGUCUCGCUGACGCCGAAGCUGCGGCACGAGCGCCUCCUCAGACACCGCGUGCUCUCACCAAUGGUACCGGACCGGCAGAAGCAAGUCCCGAUUCCCCAGAGAGAGCCUUGACAAUGCCUGGUUCAUUCGACACCCCAGACAGACCAAACUCGCCUGGCCGAGGGAAGAAAGCAGCGAACUUUUUCAGCAACCUUAGCCGACAACUUGGAAUUAACAAUUCUGCAAAUCAACCAGCAGCCGAACAGAUGCAAAAUCUGCUCACCAACGGGCAAGAUGCACCUCCACCUUACACAGCUCAAGACCCGAAUGUGCGUAACGUGACUCCGGGCACCGAGAGAGUGACCUCACCGCGAGAACUGCAAUCCAAUUUGCAGUCCGCCAUCAAAGCCACACGCGAGUACAAUUCGUCGUCCUUAUUCUCAAGGCCCCAAACGAAGCAGAUCAAGGAGUCGUCGUCGUACUGCGACAGCGCACCUGGCCACGACCUUCAAUUCAUCACGGAGCUGGGCAGCAACGGGAUAAGGCUAUAUCUGACUCGCAGCCACCCAGAUCCCAACGGGUUUCUCCAAACUUACAGACAGGCGUUGGCUGAGUUCGUCGUCGUCUUGGGCGAGGUAGCGAAUGUGUUUGAGCUGCCGCCUCAGACGAUCAACGUCUUUCAUGAUGACUCUGGGCCUGCGAUCGCAUUUAACAGCAACGGCAGUCUGUUCUGCAACUUGCGAUAUUUCAUGCAACUACACUCGGCGCAGAUGUCGACUAGUGAAGGCAAGGUAGAGGCGAUGGCGUACUGGUGGAUCACGCUCUGCCAUGAGUUGGCGCACAACUUGGUCUCUCAGCAUGACCAGCAGCAUUCGUACUACACUGAGAGCUUUGCGGCGCACUACUUCAGACGCAUGGUUUGGGUAGCGAGUAAGGUCAGCGCAGCGCCAGCCGGACCGGCAGCAUAG